AUGUUUAGCAACAGGAGGCAUCUGUCAACGUCGUCGCUGUCAUCAUCUGGCAACACUCCACUCACACAUUCUGCCCGAGCCUCUCUCUUGGUACUCGUGAAGAGGACAUUUAUUGGAAUUGAUUUGGCAAUUCUUGUUCUACCUAGUGUGAUAUUUGCUAUAUGGUCAUCCAUUUUACUUUACAAUACGGUGAAAGUGGAUAAUGCAGUGUUGAGUAAAUUACAGAAUUAUACUUCGGAUCCGUUUAUUAUUGUGGAACCAUCGACCAAUGGGUCUGUCAGUGGCAGUACUAGUAGUUCGUCGUCAUCAUCAUCAUCGAUCUUUAUGACUUGGUCGUCAUCACCAUUUCACAGCAGUGAGUCAUCAUUCAACAAUUCCACUCACAACACUUCCAACAAUUCCUAUUACACUCCUCUCAUUUUCCAAUGUAUGGUUUUUACCAUAUUAUUUGCAUUGACACUCGCAGAUUGGAUCAAUGUACUCUUUACGAGCUUUGGAGGAGAAAUUUGUGAACGAUUGGCUCUCGAUCGAUGGAAACGAAAAAAACUCUCUGAAAAUCCAUCACUCAUCUUUUCACAGAGUCAUGAAGAACGAGUGGAAGAUGGUGCUGCCGAUGCACAAAUUCCACCCAUGAAUGAACAUUGGAUGGAUGAUGAAGAUAAAAGUGAAAUGGCACAAACCACUUGCAUUUCACAUGUUGGAUAUUUGAUUUUCAAAUGGUUCAUUGUUGGAGGAGUAAUUUUGGGAUUAUUUUCGUGGUUUACUGUGGAAUUGGUGGCCAUGAAUCAUACAUUGAGAAGUCAUGAAUUGAUAUCACGAAAUAAUUUAACAACAAUUACGAGUUCACAUGUAUUUUCAUCAUCUCAUGCUGUCAGCACCACUGCUCAUGGAAAUUCAUGGAAUGAAAUACCAUCUCAAAUGAAUUCGGUUGAAAUGGGAUCCUCACUCAAUUUGUGGUUAAAUGUUUCCAAUUCAGCUAAUUUGACUUCUAAUACGGUGGCAUGUGCCUUGUUGUUUUUAACAGAUAUUGGACCUCAACAACAGAAUGGUAAAAUUGUGCUGCAGCAAUCGAAAAUUUCCUCUCUUGGCGACUCUGUAUUUUUGUAUAUGGUCAUUCGAUGGAUGGUUUAUGGAUUGGGAUUGUUGCUCUCCAUAGUGGCAUCGAUUAUUAUUUCAGUAUUUGGAUGUUGUGUUUGUGCGGGUGAUAAGAAUUCAAGACGACGCUCAUCGAACAAGUCUGUUUCUGAUAAUGUCACUUAUCGACCAUUAGCAACUGUAUCUGAUGAUGAUGAUGAAUAG